AACUGAUUUCGCUUAUUACCUUUUGUCAUUUUUAUCAUACUUCACGUCGUCGGUCCGUCUCUGUGGACCAGAGUAUUAGAGUGCAAGGGCUCUAUCGUCAGGGUUGGGAUCUUUGGGGUUUCGAGAAUAGAUGGGACAUAUCAUCGAUGCAGCGCCUGGAGACGACCGAGGACCGUUGAUAAACCGUGUGAGUUUGGGAAUGUACACGGUUGCCCUGGCUGUUGUUGCGCUUCGCCUUUUCACCCGUGGGUUUAUUGUCAAGAGAUUUGGGCUUGAUGACAUAUUCAUCGCCGUUGCCAUCAUCCUCGGCGCUGCACAAACAGUGACAAUACUUUUUCAAGUCGAGAAUGGGCGCGGGCGCCAUGCCAACGAAUUACAUGUUGAGCAAAUGGAGAGGAUGUUGAUGUAUAGCUGGAUUAAUAUGCUUCUAUAUUUCGUCGGGAAUUGGACAGUAAAAAUGAGCAUCCUGGCACUCUACCACCGCAUCGGAUCAGGGAAACAAGGACUCCCCUGGACCGUACAAUCUCGCGCAGUAUGGAUGACAGCCAGUCUGAUCACCGCAUUCACCCUCGCUGUGUUCUUGGCACAAUUCUUCGCAUGCACACCCAUCUCCUACACCUGGAACAUCGAAACCUUACCAAACUCGUGUAUCAGCGGCGCAGCGUUCAUGCGGUCCUCGGCUGCUAUCAACAUCGCAACAGACAUUGUCUUGCUACUCUUUCCUCUACCUCUACUCCCCUUGCUUGCAUUCAACAAUCGACAACGAACCGCCCUCGCCCUCAUAUUCUCUAUCGGUCUAGUCCCCGUCAUAGCAUCCACCAUGCGUCUCUGCGAGAUCGUCAUGUCAGGCAGCCCGCUAUCCGCCGGUGUAUCGUGGCAAGAAGCAGAUACUACCUGGACGUGGGCCUGGGUCCCCGUGUGGUCGCAAAUCGAAGUCGACAUGGGCAUUCUCGCCGCCUCGCUGCCGAGUCUCAAUCCCCUUUUCCGACAAGUCUUCGCUGGCUGCUCGGUUAAGGGGUCUGGGUAUGUCGCCUCGUUGCCGGAGUGGACAGACGAUGGGAAGGAUAUGGAGAAGGAAACUAGUACUGUGUAUACCGCUUAUUACGGCGAUGGGAGUAAGAGUGACAGCGAGAGCGAGGAUGAAGCGGGUGGGGCGAAGGAGUGGAGGCUGGAGUUGGAUUUUGAGAAGGAAGGUGAGACUUUUAUGAAUACUACGAUACGUUGAAUGUUUGAUUGCCGGAGUCUUGGUGUUGAGACAUGUUGACCCGUGCUGCUCACUUCUCCUCAUCUCGUCAACAACGCAGAGAAUACUCUUCGAGUGUGCCUACGCGGACGGAUAAGAUAUGUUAGCUUCCAUGUAAGUCGUCACCAGCUGUGCAUGCACAAAUCACCCCCUCGAGCUUGUGAUUGGUGCAGUGUAUGUCAUAAAUUCCAUGAUUCAUAUUUCUCAAAGCUCAAUAUAGCUAAGACAAGUUUUCCGUAAUCCGUGAUAGAUAAGUCCU